UGUUCGACUCGAAACAGCCGAUCGGGGCAUAUAAAGCCCGAUGAACGCCAGUCGAUGUUGACUAUAGUAGCGAAGCGGACGUUCAACUGGCCAAAUAUCCAACUAUAUCCACAACUAUAAUUAUGGCUAAACUGGGCUUUGUCUUUCUCCUGAUGGCCGCCUGUGUGGUUGCUGCACUGGCUGCUGGUGACUGCCCUUCGUCCACAAAGGUAUUGAACUGUACCCCCAAGUGCCUGCACGACAGCGAGUGCAGCACCAGUGGCGGCAAGUGUUGCCCCAACUUGUGCAACGGCCGCAGCUGCGUGCAACCCAAUCUUCUGAGCAAUUCCGGUGCCGACAAGUCCCCUUUCGGCAGCAAGAAUAGUGGCUCCUCUGGCUCUUAUUGUGGCAAUGUCAAGUGCGGCAGCUUCGAGAAAUGCGAAACGGAUCGCAGCACGAAGCGCCCCAAGUGCGUGCGAUCUUGAUAGCCUUGAAGCUAUCUCCUCGUGUAUCCGCAUCAACACUGAGAAAAAUGCUUACAAAUUCACAAAAAAGCCUUGUUAUUGAACUUGAUUAGGCCCUGCCUUUUCGGAAUAAAAUGGUAUGAGUUAUGCUUAUCUAAUCUCCUCAAA